AUGUCGACCAGGGCCCCGUCUACACCUCUGAUCGGCCAAGGCCCGCUUUCGGUGCGCAUCCCCUCCUCAUCGCAUGCGUCUGGCGCAUUCCUUACCCCAGACGAACACUCGCCCCUGGAUGCCGAUUUUGGCGCUACCGACUACUUCAUGGCCGAGGACGCGUGGGGAAAGAACCCCCAGAGUACCGUCGACAACUCAAUAACAUCCACGAGUGAGGCGCACGACGCGCGAGAGACCACAACAACACCGGUACCCCCAACCGAAGCCGACUCCGAUGAACAUGAUUUUACGGCGACAACAUUUCCAGAUCCCGAAGACCCCAGUCUGCUGCCUCCCCUGACCGAUCGCGACGACAGCAGCCUGUUCCCCUUGUCUAGCGAAAAUGGCGAUCAUGAACGGGGCAACAAUCAGACCUUGAUUGAAGAAAAUGAGAUGCGCCGCAAACUGAUGGACAUGGAAUCGAGUUUCCUACCAGAACCUUCGACGAUCGACGUUGCGACGACAGGUCAAACCCCCGGCGCAGACGAUACCUAUUUGGUUGGGGUUGUUGGCGGCCACGCUGCCAACCCGGAGGGUCACGACGAGCCAUCGCAAUUUUCAUUCAUUCCACCAUCGGAGACAAAUCAAGACACAGAGAAGGAUAAUGCCCCUGCGCAGUCCGGAGAGCGCGAGGAUGAGGACACUGGCUCGGUCUACCAUGCGCAUCAAACAGGAAACGAGUCUACGUUUGACUCGCUCGCUUCGUCGCCUUCCGCCGCUGCAGCCUACCGAAGUACUCACCACCAGGAUCAGUCCAUCUCGUCUGAGAACGUGCCUGGUGCUAGUCAAUUCUCCCAUGAUGGGCGGCCGUUCAGAUCCCAAAUGUCACAAGCGGAAAACGAGUCACAGCUCACGCCCUCGAAGCUCGGGCAAAGUACUCGCAGUCUCUCUCCGGGUCGGUCGAGGCUAUUUAGUGACCAAAGCGGGAGUAUUGCGAGCAGAAAAUCAAGCCGACCCAAAUACCUGACAAGCCGCCAAUCUGCCUAUCGUCUGUCGCACUCUUCCGUUACCAGCAACACCACAGAGACCACACACAGUGAUGCAACACUUGGAGCCGAUUUUGCGCUUCAGUCCGGAGGUGCUGCACCUGAGCAUUGGGGUAGCCUGAACACGGGAGGUCGUGCCAAUAUGACACGAACAACCAGCCUCGGAAGCAUGGCCUCCGGUGUAUCUGGCUUUAGUGAAGAAAAUUCCUUGGAGAGACGAAAUGCAUCUGGGCCUGCGGAUGGUGGCCUGCAAACCCUGGAAGAGGAAAGUUCGCCGCGGUCCUCGCGACAGGCCAUCUUCGACGAUGCUGGCCCGGUAACCCCCAAGGCCAAGAGUCAGAACAAUUUCCCAAGUGAUACGGUGCUUGCAGAGCGCAUCAAAGGCAUUCAUGUUCCUACCACCUUCGUGCAAAAGUUCCGAGAAGACUAUGGGAUUAUGGGCCCGUCGCCCGAGAAGCGUACGGGAGCUGGAACUCCUGCUUUUGGACGAAGCGGUCGUAAUAUGACCUUGAAGGAACAAAGCAGCACCAUUGACCGUCUUUCAAAGGAGAACUUUGACUUGAAAAUGCGGAUCCAUUUCCUGAAUGAAGCACUCAACAAGAGAUCCGAGGAGGGUAUCAAAGAAAUGAUCUCGGAGAACGUCGAGCUCAAGUCUGAUAAGCUCAAGCUUCAGAAAGACAACCAGGGCCUCAAGCGCAAGAUUCGUGACUUGGAAAAGCAACUGAAAGACCAACAGUCUGAUAAAGAUUCCAUGGUCAAUCAUGAUCCUGAAGCGUCGGAGGACGACCGGGACUCGGCCCAGGACGGAGAGCUCGUCUUCUUGCGUGAAAGAGUGGAAACAUAUGAGAUCGAAAUUGAGCGCUUGCGGACGGAGAGCAUUGCCAGAGAAACCGAAAAGCGGCGCUUGGCCGAAAUGGUCAAGUCUCUGAGCGAAAGUCGAUCAGGCGGAUCAGAUGCGGGGGCAAGAGAAGAAAGAGAUAUGUGGAAAGACAUGUUGGAUGCCGAGACUGCGGCUCGCGAACAAGCGGAAGAGGAGAACCGCAAACUUCGAGAGGAAUCUAUCCGUCUUCGGAGCGAAAUGUACACAGCCACUGGUGGCCCAAGGCCCGGGCAGCGUGAACGGGAAAGCUCCACCGUUUCAUACCAAUCCGACAGGGAGGGCAACCGCGGCGCUUUGAUGAGUACUUCCAGCAGUACACUCAUGGUGGAACUAGAACUUCUGAAACAGGAGAAUGCUGAAUUGAGAAAAGAAGUCAGCGCGCAGACCUCAAUGCUCACAUCUCGCAACCGCGAGAAAGAACGCCUCUACCAAGAGAUCGAAGAACUCAAGCUUGGUCAACGAAGAGACGGUGGCCGGUCAGUAGCCGGAGACAGUAUUUUCGAUCGCUCGGCGUCUCGCGCGCAAGGACGGCCAUCUUCAGAACCAAGCGACGCAACUGGAGCAUCGCGUGAAGACAUAGAUCGUGAUGAACUCGAAGCUCGAAACGGACAGCUUCGUGACCAGCUGUCGACUCUGAAACUCGAAAACCAGGCUAUCCGGGCACAGCUUGACGAAUAUGUAGGGGAGCUUGAAGCCCUCGACAAAGCAUAUCAGGCCGACGUUGACCAGGCCGAGGAAGAAAUGCAAAGCCUUCAGCAAGAAAGGGAUCAAGCCAUUCAAAUGGCCGAGGAGCGAGAUGCUGCGUUCCAAGAUCUUCGUGCCGAGGCGCAAGAGGAGCUGGAUGCACUUGGCGAGGAAUUGGACCAGAAGAUUGUUGAGUGCCAGCGCAUGAAUGAGGACCUCCAAAACCAGGACGAAAGCCUCAAAGUCUUGCAGGCAGAGAUGCGAUCGGCCAGCGAGGGAAUUAUCCGGCUGGAGGAGGAUGCGCAAAAUAACCUGGAGCGGUAUCAGGCCGUUCAGCAGGAGCUGGACGAAAACAACCGCGAGAUGGAGUCACUCGAGAGAAGUCUCUUUGAAGCCAAUACCAAGGUGCAGCGACUUACGGUGCAAAUUGAAUCCAGUCAAAACGAAAUUGCCUUCCUUCGUGAGGAGCAAGAUGGUGAUAAGAUUCGCAUCGGUGAUUUGGAGUCUGAGCUAAAGACAUACCAUAUGAGCCUGCACAGUGAAAAGGAGAAGACUAGAGAGCUCGAGCAGCGACUGGCAGAUGAGAGACAUCAGCGAGAGGUCGUCGGAAGCAAGGAGAAACAAGAGGUUCAGCGCAUCAUGAACGAGCUCAAUCGCGAAGCGUCAACGGCUAAGGAGGAGGCUCGACGUUUGAAGAAGAGCCUUUCGGCCCAAGAGAUUGAAGCCAACACCUGGCGUGAACGACUGACAGAUCUCGAGACCAACCUCCGCGAGACCCUGGGAGAUCUAAGCGGUAGCCGGUCUAGCCUGAUUUCCAACAUCAUGAAACUCCAAAAAGAGCUUGAAUCCACGGCACUUGAAUUGGAGAGCGUGCGGCAGCAGCUGGAUGAGAAAGAGACUGUCCUCCGCAAUCGAGAUGCUCUGCUUGAAAGCCACGGUCUUGAGUCCCGAAAACUAUCUGAACUUCUGGAUCGUGAGCGACAAGCCCGUCGGGCUGACAAACAGUCUUUUGAGCAAUCUCUCAAGUCUCACCAGCAGGCAUCUCGGACCAUUACCCAGAGCAACUCUCGUAUCACGGAACUUGAAAAUGCUCGAAACCAGGAUCGCAAGCGAUUCACAUCCCUCGAGCAGCAAUUUCGGGAUCAGCUUAGCGAGCGCAAUGCCUUGUUCCUUACCGUCUGGAAGAGACUCUCCGCGAUUUGUGGCCCCGAUUGGGCGCAUUCGAAUAGCCUCAUCAAUGGCAAUCUACCCAGUCAGGAAGUCAUUGGCAAUAUCCUUUUUUGGCCUGGCUUCAACCGUAACCUGAUGCUUGCCGUGAAGACUGUCGAGGGCGUGAUCUCAGGAUUCAAGGGCCGUAUCAGAAGUAUCGAGCAUGACUUGACCAAGCAAUACCACAACCUUGAGAGCACUUUCGCGCAGCGGGCUCGCAGGCUUGAGCGUGUUGAGGAGGCCGUCAAGAAUAUGCGCAAAGGGCAUGGCCACUCAAGCUCAUCCCCCGAGGUCGCCAAAUUGCGAGGGGAAAACCGACUGCUGAAGGCAGAGAUCAAUUUGCUUCAGACUAAUUCACGAACUCACUCCUCUUCCUCCGCAACUGCGGCCGCCGUGAUGGCAUCUGGCCCGCGGUCUCCAUCCCUCAGUACUACCGCAGAUGCCGAGCGUUCUUUAAAACGUCAGAACUCAACAUCAAGUAGUGCCGAGAAGUCCCACGCUGAUAGAGCCGUCGCGCGCCACUCUUCAGGUCUUCCCCAGCCGUCUCAUUCCUCCUCGAGCAGCACUCUGACCAAUAAUGCUGGUGCAGUGAUGCAUCGCUCGCGUGGUGGAAGCAGUAACUGGGAAGGUGGCGAUGAGAAAUGGAUCCACCGUCUACAUGAACUGGAGAAGCGGCUGAAGGCUGAGCGAGAAGGCCGUCUACUGGACCGCAGUGGAGCGCGAAAGCGGCUGGAAGAGCGCGAUGCCGAAAAUCAAAAACUGCGAGAUCAACUGCUACGAGAACGUGCCAGAGGUGGUCCCCAAAGAACUAUCACGGAAGACGGGCGCACCUGCGUACCUAAUUCGGACGAAGCCCCCAGCUCUAGUGAGGGCGAGGGUUUCACAGUUGAUAUUGAAGUCUGA